UUUUAGGCCUCUGGCUUAGCUGAUGCAGAGGGUGGAUUUUUUUCCAAGUUUCAGAUCCACUCUGCUUGAGCUAGGGAAGACUUUGAUGCCUGCCCCCGUGGUUGUGAAUGGCCCUGCGGUGACGGAUUUUGAGGUGGCACAUCAGGUGGAGCGCGAGGCGGCGCAACAUCGGAUGGCGGACAGGGGCAAAGCACAAAUCUUCUCGGCGAAGGAGGCGGCAGCCAACAAAAGGGAGAGUUCGCCGCCGCCGCCAGAGCUGUCAACGAUGAAGAUGAAUCCCCAAGCGCCGGGAUGGAACAAGAGGUUGACUGCUCUCUGCAUUCGUAAAAUUGAUGCUAUAUGUAGCUGUUUUGUGGGCUUAGGAUUGGUGCCGCCGCUCCUAGCAGAACACCGUGCCCAAAUCGUAUCAGUGCGUUCGAGAAGGCAGCCAGAUGCUCGCAGAGAACCUAGCUGAAAACGUGAUCACACCGGUUCUUGGUCCUACUUUUAACUCUUAGGGAGAGGUGUACAACUUCUACAAUCUGUACUCAUGGGAGAAGGGGUUUGGCAUCUGGUAUGGGAAGAGCCGGCUAAAUGCCGAGAGGACAAAGUGCAUCCAGGAGAUAGUGUGUGGGUGCUCGGUGAGUAGUAAAAUUUGCUUCUGGUGGUUUCUGAUCAAUAAUUUCAGUUUGGUUCGGGACUACUUCUAAUGUUGUUAAUUGAUAAC